CACGCGCAAGCACUCGGACGAGUGGACUCUCGAAUUAGAAGCAGAACACGAAGUAGAGCAUUUUAAAAAGGGCGGAAGCAGAGCGCAAGGAAAGGAAGCAGAGCGAGCGAUGGCGGAGACUCAGAAAUCCGAGCUGCAGCAGUUCAGAGGCCAGUCUCGGCUGCCGAAAUUCGUUGCCCCGAAACGUUACGACCUCAAGCUCAGACCCGAUCUCUCCGCCUGCAAAUUCACCGGCACUGUCGAUAUCGAUGUCGACGUCACUGCUGAGACCAGAUUCAUCGUCCUCAAUGCUGCCGAUCUCUCCAUCGACGAUGGAUCAGUCUGGUUCAAGACUCGACAAUCUGACAAGGAAGUUUAUCGUCCUUUGGAAGUCUUCUUGGUUGAAGAUGAUGAGAUCUUGGUGCUUGCAUUCGAUGUAUUUCUUCCUGUCGGGGAAGGGAUUCUGGGGAUUGGAUUCUCGGGAACCUUGAAUGACCAGAUGAAAGGAUUCUACAGAAGUAUUUAUGAGCAUAACGGGGAGAAGAAGAACAUGGCAGUUACACAAUUUGAGCCUGCAGAUGCACGCCGAUGUUUUCCAUGUUGGGAUGAACCUGCUGUUAAGGCUACGUUCAAGAUAACAUUGGAGGUCCCCUCAGAGCUGAUAGCAUUGUCCAAUAUGCCAGUCAUUCAAGAAAAGCUUGAUGGGCAACUGAAGACGGUUUCUUUCCAGGAGUCACCAAUUAUGUCAACUUAUUUGGUGGCUGUUGUUGUUGGUUUGUUUGAUUACAUAGAAGACUUGACACCCAAGGGGACUAAGGUUCGUGUAUACUGUCAGAUUGGUAAGGCAAAUCAAGGGAAAUUUGCUUUGGAUGUUGCUGUCAGGACACUUGAUCUCUAUGAAAAUUAUUUUUCCAUGCCAUAUUCACUACCCAAGCUGGAUAUGAUUGCAAUACCUGAUUUUGCUGCUGGGGCUAUGGAGAACUAUGGUUUGGUUACAUAUCGUGAAACAGCUCUGCUCUAUGAUGAUAAAAAUUCUGCGGCUGCAAACAAGCAAAGGGUUGCAAUUGUUGUAGCGCAUGAACUUGCACAUCAAUGGUUUGGAAAUCUCGUAACAAUGGAAUGGUGGACACAUUUGUGGCUUAAUGAGGGGUUCGCGACAUGGGUGAGCUAUUUGGCAACUGAUUGCUUGUUUCCUGAAUGGAAAAUUUGGACGCAAUUUCUAGAUGAAACUACUGAGGGCCUAAGGCUGGACGGGCUAGCAGAAUCACACCCUAUUGAGGUGGAGAUAAACCAUGCUCGUGAGAUUGAUGAAAUUUUCGAUGCAAUAAGCUACAGGAAAGGGGCCUCCCUGAUUCGGAUGUUGCAGAGUUAUCUUGGUGCUGAUUGCUUUCAGAGAUCGUUGGCAUCAUAUAUAAAAAGAUAUGCUUGCUCGAAUGCAAAGACAGAAGAUCUGUGGGCUGUUCUUGAGGAGGAAUCUGGUGAACCCGUGACCAUGCUAAUGAAUUCUUGGACAAAGCAAAAAGGAUAUCCAGUUGUCGAUGUAAAAAUCAAUGAUAAAAACUUGGAAUUUGAGCAGUCACAAUUCCUGUCAAGUGGACUCCUUGGGGAUGGACAAUGGAUUAUUCCCAUUACAUUAUGUUGUGGUUCAUAUGAUACCCGCAAGAAUUUCCGUUUGCAAACUAAAUCUGAUAGGUUAGAGAUAUUGGAGCUUGUGGGUUCUUCCAGUGAAAGCUUGACAGAAAAUAGGAACCAAGGGAAAGGAGAUGAGAAAAAUCCGGAACGUUUUUGGUAUAAAAUUAACGUUGAACAGACAGGUUUCUAUCGGGUGAAAUAUGAUGAUCAACUUGCUGCCAGACUUAGAUACGCGAUAGAGGCCAGCUGUCUGUCUGCAACAGAUAGAUUUGGCAUUUUGGAUGAUUCAUAUGCCCUGUGUAUGGCUUGUAAGCAGACAUUGUCUUCUUUGCUUUCUUUGAUGGAUGCUUAUAGAGAGGAGCUGGAUUAUACCGUUCUGUCAUGCUUGAUUGCUAUAUGUAGCAAAAUUGCCAAGAUCGCAGCCGAUGCCACUCCUGAAUCAUCAGAUGACAUCAAAAAGUUUUUCAUCAAUCUUCUCCAGUUUUCUGCAGAGAAGUUAGGUUGGCAACCCAAUUCUGGUGAGAACCACUUGGAUGCAAUGUUGAGAGGGGAGCUCUUGACUGCACUUGCCCUGUUUGGGCAUGACAUAACACUGACUGAAGCAGUGAGACGGUUUUACACAUUUGUAGAUGACAGAAAUACAUCACUGCUCCCUGCUGACACAAGAAAGGCGGCAUAUGUUGCUGUAAUGCAGACCGUCACAACAUCAAACAGAUCUGGAUAUGAAUCUCUUCUAAAAGUUUAUAGAGAGACUGAUCUAAGCCAAGAGAAAGUGCGCAUUCUAAGUUCACUAGCAUCUUGUCACGAUCCAGAUAUCAUCCUCGAAGCUCUGAACUUUUUGUUGUCCUCUGAGGUCCGAAGUCAAGAUGUAGUUUUUGGACUUGCAGGAAUAAGUAGAGAGGGGCGUGAAAUUGCAUGGAGAUGGCUGAAGGAUAAUUGGGAUCACAUCUCCAAUACUUGGGGCUCUGGAUUUCUAAUAACCCGUUUCAUCGGUGCCAUCGUAUCACCGUUUUGUUCAGACAAGAAGGCAGAUGAAGUCAAUGAAUUUUUUGCAAGCCGAAUGAAGCCCUCAAUGGCUAGGACUCUGAAGCAGAGCAUCGAGCGGGUCCGGAUCAAUGCCAAAUGGGUCCAAAGUAUAAAGGACGAGAAAUGCCUAGGAGAGGUCAUUAAAGAGCUUGCACACCGGAAGUACUAGAGAGGGUUGCCUUUCAUUCUGUUUCAGUGGUCUUCACUAGAAUGAUAGACAAGUAUAGUAAAUGUGCACAGGAUUCACCAUGAGUUGGUGUGCACAUUAUUUCCCACCAUCCAAAGAGGCUUGUUGGGCAUCUAUUAACAUUUCAAAAUUCUAAUUGUCGAGGAUUUUGGAAUGUCUAUUAAGAUUCCCACCCAUACCAUGGAUAGAUGGUGAGAGGAUGUGAUCACCAACCCUCUGCACACUGUGUGCGCACAAUCAUUUCCGCAUAUAAUAAAAGAACACUGUUAUACAGUCGAUAUGCAUGUUUAGCGCCUCAAUCAUAAAAAUCCCACUAGCGGCUUUCUGGUGUCUGAUGUCCUAUACUCGAAGUCGAAUUUUAGAUUGUUUGUGCCUGUUUUUACAUGAACUGGUCAGGUGUGAAACAUGCACAUUUGAUGUUGCUCAACAUUCGUUCUACUCUGCACAGCGUUUCUCGGAGUUGAACAUGAUGAAAUAAGAGAUUGAAAGCUUUUGUUUAAA